AUGGUAGAGCCAAACCAAACUUCACCCGUGUCUGAUUCAAAAGGGAGGGAAGCUUCACUUCCAUCUUUGGAUGAUCUGAUAGAGCAAAGUCUUGGAGACUUCGGGUGGAGACAACUCCUUCAAUCUCUUCUUGUGUCUUUCACAAUGUUCUUCGAUGCACAACAAUCAUUUAUCACCAUCUUCACCGAUGCUCACCCACCGUGGCACUGUACUUCCACCGAUCACAUCACUUGUGACCCAAAAAAUUCCGACAUCUGCAAACUUCCAAGAUCUACUUGGUCCUGGGAUGGACUCUCUUCUAAGACAAUCAUAUCUCAGUGGAACCUUGAAUGUGGUAGUUCUUUCAUUACAGGUUUACCACAAUCUUCUUUCUUCAUGGGGUGCUUAGUUGCUGGGUUUCUUUUCGCCACCUUUGCUGAUUCAUCUCUUGGCAGGAAGAACGUUUUGUUUCUAUCUUGUUUAACCAUGUCAAUUGCUUCAAGCAUCAUUGUCUUCUCCCCCAAUGUCUGGGUUUACUCGGCUUUCAAGUUUUUGAUUGGAUUUUGCCGCUCCUCGAUCGGAACUUGUUCCCUGGUUUUGUUGACAGAGAGAGUGCGUAAAGAGUGGAGGUUCCGAGUUGGAGUGCUUGAGUAUAUUUGGUUCACAUUAGGAUUUCUAUCUCUGCCUGAGUCUCCUAGGUGGCUUCUCAUGCAAGGUCGAGAAAAAGAAGCCAUGGCUACGCUCAAAGGAAUCACUUUAACUUCAUCAGGACUUGGUGGGACUGUGACUUCAACCCAAUUAUUAGUACUCGCCCAACAACAAAAUGCUUCAAUUUUGAACCUCUACUCAUCGAUCAGGGAACUGUUUGGAAAAACUUGGGCUCUUAAACGAGUUGUGACAGUUAUGAUACUUGGUUUUGGAAUUGGAAUGGUAUAUUUUGGCGUGCCUUUGAACGUGGGAAACUUGGGAGUCAACAUAUAUUUGAGCACUGCCUUUAAUGCUUUAUUAGACAUACCGGCUUUUAUAGCCACCUACUUGUUGGAUAAUUGCAGAAGAAAGCCUUCAAUUCUAGGUUUCUCCAUAGCAAGUGGGAUUAGUUGUUUGAUUUGUGCUGUGAUAAGAAAUGAGCUUCAUACAGUGAAGCUAUGGCUUUCUUUGGUGUCAUUUUUCAGUGUAGGUACAGCUUUCAAUGUGUUUCUGAUAUAUGUGAUAGAGCUGUUUCCCACAAGUGUAAGGAACACUGCAACAUCGAUGGCGAGGCAGGCCAUUGUAUUUGGAGCCAUAUUCAGCCCAUUUUUGAUAUCACAAGGAAGGAAAAAUGACUUUUUCUCUUAUGGCAUAUUUGGGGUUAUGAUAUUAGGCAGUGCUUCUUCUAUUCUAUGCUUACCAGAAACCAGAGGAAUUGUUCUAUGUGAUACAAUGGAUCAACAGGUGAGGAAAGAAGGGAGAAAUGUGCAAUGAAGUAUUUAUAUAUUAAACUCAAGUAUUUAUAUCAGUAAUGAAGUAACCUGGAUCCUUUUUGUGCUGAACUCUGAGUCUCUAAACAUUCUUGUUGAUUUGCUUAUGAAGAGAGAGCAGGGCUUUGAAUUCCUACUGUGAUAAUGCUUAGAUUUCUUUGGCGUGAACCUUGUACUAUCUUCUCCAUUUUAGUUCAGUUUAUCAUAAUAAAUUGACUUGGUAGUUUUAUGUAA